AUGUACAUCGUCAACGAAGGUUCCUUCGAUGUCCUCAUCCGCUACGGCGAGGGCCCCGCUGUGAAGGUCUGCCAGUAUGGUCCAGGCAUGGUCUUCGGCGAGCACGCUAUGCUCAGUAGCGCCCCACGAGCUGCGACUGUCGUCGCCACAUCGUCCAGCAAGCUUUGGACUCUUGAGCGGGAAGCCUUCCGUGCUAUCGUAAGGGCUCCAGAGGAGUCCAAGACUAUCGGUUUUCUUGGAGGGGUAAUGUUGCUUAUCAAUAACCUUGCUGGGCCUACUAUUGUAUCCAUGCCAGCGCUUGCGCAAGAAGCAGGAUGGCUCUCCGUUGCCCUGGUACAGGGCAUUGUGGCAAUUGUCGCAUGCGCUUGCGGCUACAUGUUACUUGGGGCAAUGCGGAGAAUGCCAGGCAACAGCAAUUUCGAACAGCGCAUAGAGUUUACAAAUGUGGCAAUGUUUUACUUGCCGCACAAGGCAUACUUGUUUGUGAUAUUGUGUUACCAUGCGAACUCAAUAUUGUCGCUAAUGUCGCUCAUCAUACAGUCAGGCCAGGUUAUCGAUUACUUGAUCCUCAACUUCAACGGCUGUUCUCCAGGGAUCACGUUUGAUGAGAGUGGAGGGCUGAGCUAUGUCUGCGGUACUCGGACUGACUCUGUAACCCCUUUUGGCGACAGGACGGUGAUGUCCAGUGCUAUGGUCAUCGUUGGGGUCGGUGGAUUUGCGCCCCGUUUGCCGUGA